UAUGAACUAACAUACCUCAAAUCCUAUUAAUUUUUUCGGACAGCAAAAUCCUGUGAAAGUGUUUACUUAAGUCUCAUAAUAAUGGGUUUGUCCAAAUGGAUCCCAAUGUUCGUGCUAAGGCUCAUUGCUUUAGGCGCCACGGUCUCGGCAGCAUUGAUCAUGGUCACGAGUCGCGACACGGCCCAAGUUCUUAACGUGAAAUUCGAAGCAAAGUAUACGAAUUCCCCGACUUUCAAGUACUUUGUGUUGAUGAAUGCAAUAGCAAGUGUUUAUACUUUCAUAAUGAUGUUUUUGCCUUUGAAGAGUUCAUAUAGGCACUUGAUUUUGGUCCUGGAUUUGAUUAUGACAUUGCUUCUGGAUUCAAGCAUAUCUUCAUGUAUAGCAAUAGGGCAAGUGGGGAAAAAAGGCAACAGUUAUGCAGGUUGGCUGCCAAUUUGUGGACAAGUUCCUAAGUUUUGUGACCAUGUCACAGGAGCUUUGAUUGCUGGUUUUGUGGCUGCAAUAAUUUAUUUCCUCAUACUUCUAUACUCACUUCACAAUGUCAUCAAUCUUUUCACUCUCAAGAAUUAAUUUUUCUACUGCAAAUACAUUAAUAUUAUAUAUCAGAAUAGAAAACAUAUGAGAGCAAUAUGAUAUUUUACCUUUCUUUUUUUAUCUCUCUCUUUUUCGAUCGCCUUUCGUUUUCAUUCGAGCAGCUCAUUUUCGACCUGUUCGGUUUUUCUCCAGUUGAGUUUUAGUAUUCGUUUUGCGUGACAUUGAUUGUAUGAGGAAAUAUGGUGAUUCCCAAUUUCCC